CCGUGCCCACGGACUCUUGUGUUUGGCUGUUUGUCCCACGAGGUUCUUCUGAACGGUUACUCUAUCGUGGCGGAGUUCCCCUCAGUUUAUCCUUGCGUGCGUCAAACAGACCAGCAGGCCGCGCGUGAGCGUCACUGAAUGCCAACAUGGAAGGAAGCGGAGGUUCUCCGGUGCGAGACUCGGUGAAGGAAUUGCUUCUGGAUGGUAAGGGUGCUUACCUACAGUUAUCAAGACAGACUGUUGCGGGGGUAGGGAAUAUAUUCCAACACGUCAACCUAUCAAAGAAAUGCUAUACAGACUUCUUGAAGGAAGAAUUUGAUGUAAAGACCUAUACUGCUCAAUCCAUUCACCAAGCAGUAAUAGUUGAACAAUUGGCAAAACUUGCUCAAGGAAUUAGUCAAUUGGAUAAAGAACUUCAUAUACAGGUUGUUGCAAGACAUGAAAAUCUUCUUGCUCAAGCUACUGGCAUAGAGUCACUAGAAGGGGUUCUUCAGAUGAUGCAGACCCGGAUUGCUGCUCUGCAGUGCACUGUUGACAGGAUCAGAGGAAAAAUUGUUGAUCCAUAUAACAAGAUUGUUGCUCGCACUGCACAGUUGGCCAGAUUGCAGGCAGCCUGUGAUUUGCUUCGAAGAAUAAUUCGUAUUUUGUAUCUGAGUAAACGGCUCCAAGGCCAGCUACAGGGAGGAAGCAGGGAGAUCACUAAAGCUGCUCAAAGUCUCAAUGAAUUGGCCUCGCUUCUACUGCAAAAAAAAUCUGCAGUGUUUCUGGGAGAUUAUCUUUCACAAGGAAUUGAUCUUUCGGGGAUUGAAGUCAUAGAAAAUGAUCUUCUUUUUAUUUCAAGAGCCCGACUUGAAGUAGAGAAUCAAGCCAAACGGUUGCUUGAGCAGGGAAUGGAGACACAGAAUCCUACACAGGUAGGAACAGCACUUCAAGUUUUCUACAACCUUGGAACCUUAAAGGAGACGAUCAAAAGUGUAGUGGAUGGGUAUCAGGUAUCUCUUGAAGAUACUAUCAGUAGUGCUUUGGAUAUAAAAAUGUUAACUCAACCCAUUCAAGCCACCUCAAGAGGACCUGGAAGAGCCACAAUGCCCACUCCAGGCAACACACCAGCAUUCCGUGCUGCUCUUUGGACGAAUAUGGAGAAAUUGAUGGAUCAAAUUUGUGCUGCAUGUGGACAAGUACAGCAUUUGCAGAAGGUUUUAACAAAGAAAAGAGACCCAGUGACGCACGUCUGCUUUAUUGAUGAAAUAACUAAGGACAGUCAAGCAGACAUUUUAUAUGCUUUCUGGAACUCUGUUACAGAAAUCUUAACUAUGAAAUUCCAACAAGCUACAAAUUCAUCCACAUUUCUAAAGCAAGCAUUUGAAGGAGAAUACCCAAAGUUGUUGCGAUUGUAUAAUGAUCUAUGGAAGCGUUUGCAACAGUACAGCCAAAGUAUACAGAGCAAUAUAACUACAAGUGGAAAUUCAGACUCACCACCUGAACUACCACCAGGAGAGGAAGACCCACAAGAUCUAUUUACAUUGAAGAAGCAAGAUUAUGACCCUGAGAAAGCCCUGAAAGAUUCUGUCCAAUUCUAUGAAUCUGCAUAUCUCUCAAAAUCUUUAUCACGACUGUUCGAUCCAGUCAACCUUGUCUUUCCACCUGGAGGACGUAAUCCACCUUCAAAUGAUGAGCUGGAUACCAUCAUUAAAACAAUUGCAAGUGAAUUUAAUGUGGCUUCUGUGGAUCCAAACCUGAGUCUGGCUGUUGCAAGGAAUGUUGCUAAAACUGUCCAACUAUUUGGAGUAAAAUCUGAACAACUUCUGUCCACGCAGGGUGAUGCCAGUCAAGUGAUUGGGCCACUGACAGAGGGACAGAGAAGGAAUGUAGCCGUAGUGAAUUCAUUGUACAAAUUAUAUCAAUCAAUGUUGAAGGUACUGUCUAGCCUGAGCUCAUUCCCUUUAGCUGCUGAACAAACAAUUAGAACAGCAUUGGAGACAAUUCAGGCUCUCAUGGGAAAUGCAGUACAGCCAUUGCUAAACUCUGUGGAAGACUCCGUUGAGGCCAUUAUUAUCACGAUGCACCAAGAAGACUUUGCAGGGUCUUCAUCUGGGAAGCCAGAAGUCCCAUGUUCUCUUUACAUGAAAGAAUUGCAAGGCUUUAUAUCACGCAUCAUGAGUGACUACUUUAAAAAUUUUGAGUGCGUGGACUUCAUCUAUGACAGUACCGAAAACAUCGCACAGAGAGCUAUUCAAUUAUUUAUCCGUAAUGCAAGCCUAUUGAGACCACUGGGUGAAGGAGGUAAAAUGAGGUUGGCUGCAGAUUUUGCACAGAUGGAAUUAGCAGUGGCACCCCUUUGUAGAAGAGUGUCAGAUCUUGGAAAAUCCUACAGAUUACUGAGAUCAUUCAGACCAUUACUCUUCCAGACAAGUGAGCAUAUUGCUACUAGCCCAGCUGUUGGGGAUAUUGUUCCAUACAGCACCAUUCUUCAUUUCCUGUUCACCAGAGCACCGUCUGACCUAAAGCCGCCACACCAGAGGGCAGAGUGGUCUGUAGCUCGGUAUUCUCAGUGGCUUGAUGAUCAUCCAUCAGAAAAGGAUCGACUAAUUCUCAUAAGGGGUGCUCUUGAAGCUUAUGUUCAAUCAGUACGAGCAAGAGAAGGAAAAGAAUUUGCUCCAGUAUAUCCAAUAAUGGUGCAACUGCUCCAAAAAGCCAUGGCCAACGUACAAUGAAAGCUUUUCUGAACCAAACAAUAUUUCAGUACUCGGGACUUCCUGAUAACUAUUUAACUUAACUUUAAGCUUUGUGAAUAGGUUGAAUUGAAUUUUGGUAAUUAAGUGUUUAAAAAUCAAAGUUAAAAAGAACUGUGACUUCAUUAGCCAAUUUGUGCACAAGGUCCCAUGAACAGCAAUAAAAGUAAAUUGUGUCAGUGGUAUUAGGUGAGGAAUGUGUUGUGCAAGACACUGGAGAAACCUCUGCUCUUCCUUGAGUAGUGCUUGGAAUCUCUUCCAUUCACAUCUGAGUUGAUAAAGCCUCAGUUUAACACUUCAUCCAUUGAGUAUCAAUACAGGCCAUUUAGGUGUUCUUGAAAUCUGAAUUAUGUACACCAAAUCAGCUCCCUUAAAUUGAUGAGUAACUUUUCUGACUGUCUUUCCCUAUGAUAUCAGCACUGUUUGGUAAAAUAAUAGAUAAAGCAUUUCAUUAAUUAACAUGGUUUUGUGUUGAGCAAUCAUCUAUUUUUAGUUUCAUCACCAUUAGUCAUGUUGACCGGGACUGGUGAAGAUAUCAGGAAAAUUGGCAAAACAGGUUUAAACUGUCUUUGGUCUGCAGAAAUAUUCACUGAUUUGAUAUUUGCAUUGGCAAAAUAUUUAAUAACUUAAAGCUUACACUUGAUUAGCAAGCUUCUGUGUCAAGGUGGCAGUAGCUGAUGAAGCUCAUUCUACAAUGUAAAUUAAGAUGGUUUUAAAACCAUUAUAAUAUUGACAAGAGAUGCAGUUUAUAACAUUGUAUUUUUUGUAUUACACAUUAAAAGAGUUUUACUGUCA